AUGGUGUCCUUCAAGACCAUCCUCACCGCGGCUCUCGCUGGUAGCACUGUCGCUAUGUUCAGUCCUCAAGAGGUCGCCGACAGCAUCAAGACGAUCACCGAAAAGUCCAAGGACCUCCAGAGUGAGAUGACGGCUGACCUCGCCAAGACAAUCAUCAAAAACCUCCAGGGCCGUAAAGCGGAAAUCAAGGAGCAGCCCGAGUCUCUCCAGGAUGACCAAACCAUGGAAUCUUCGAUGGCGGAGGACAGCGAGAUGUCUUCAACGGACUCCUCCAGCGUGAUGUCUUCUUCUAGCGGCCCUCCUUCCGGCAUCUCCAUCAGCUCUGACGAUAUCCUUUUCAAGGGGAUCUUCAAGUCUAUCACCCAGCUCUUGCAGGGUGACGAUAAGAGCGAGCGCGGCGGCAUUACCACCACUCUCCCUGUCAAGAAACGUGCUCAGGCUUUCGUUGCUUAA